UCGCCUCAAGGAGAGCUGUUUGCUGCGGCAGACGCCAAGACGGAUCGAGCUGCGAGCGGCGGCAGACGGAGCGCCGCCGUCGCCUUGGAUCUCGGUGUCCUCCUCCUCCUCCUCCGUCUGCCUCCCCGCAAGGCCACGGCAUCCACCCGGCGACCGCUCGCGGCGGCCUGCGCGCGACCGUUCCGUUUCCCCCGCGGUGAUUGGAUAAACAAUAUAAUGCCAUUAGGUGGAUAAUAUUUGAGGUGCUCCAGGCUUGUUCAAUUUUGGGAAUCGUCAACAUGUCAGGACCACUGAACUCAAACAUUAGUGGGGCCGCUUCAAACCUUCGAGAUUCAACAGGAAGGUCAUUUGCAUCAUCAUUUUCUGGUCAAUCUGGAUCACUUCCAGGUUUCCAUCACUCAGGUUCACACAACAUUCAUGGAAAUCUCAAUCUCACAAAUAUCUCUGGAUCAUUAGCACCAAGAAAUAAUUCAAUGGCAGGUAUCCCGUCACCAGGGGUUCAACAGCCUGGUGGUAGUAUUUCCAGUGGCCGUUUCCCCUCAAAUAAUCUUCAAGCUUCCAUGUCUCAGAUUCCUCAUGGUCAUUCUGGGAUCAGCAACAGAGGAGGUAUGAAUGUUGGGGGAAAUCCUGGAUUUAGUAGUAGCAUGAAUGCUAUUGGUGGUUCAAUACAAGGUUUAUCCUCGAACUUGGCUAAUGUGGGUAACCGGAAUUCUGCUGGAUUUAGUAGUAGCAUGAAUGCUAUUGGUGGUUCAAUACAAGGUUUAUCCUCGAACUUGGCUAAUGUGGGUAACCGGAAUUCUGCUCCUGGGUUGGCAGCUUCUCCAGUUUUGGGGAAUUUAGGCCCACGAAUAACAAAUUCUGGGAAUAUUGUGGGUGGGAGCAAUAUUGGGAGAAGUAUAAGCUCUGCAGGGCUGUCUAUGCCUGGGAUAGCGUCUCGCAUGAAUUUAAGUGGCAACUCUGGAAGUGGGGCUAUCAAUAUUCAAGGAUCCAACCGGAUGAGCAGUAUGCUUCAACAAGCAUCUCCUCAAUUCAUGAACUUGCUUGGAAGUUCUUACCCAACACCUGGAGGGUCAUUGUCUCAGAAUCAAGUACAGGCAGGAAACAGUUCUUUAGGAUCUUCUGGAAUUCUACAUGAUGGAAGCUCGGGUGACAAUGCCCCAUUUGAUAUAAAUGACUUCCCUCAGCUAACUGGUCGGCCUAAUUCUGCUGGAGGUGGUCAAGGCCAAUAUGGGUCACUGCGAAAGCAUGGCGUAAGUGUGAAUGCAAUCGUGCAACAAAAUCAGGAAUUCAGCAUUCAGAAUGAAGAUUUUCCAGCUUUACCAGGAUAUAAAGGUAGUUCCUCAGAUUAUGCUAUGGAUAUGCAUCAUAAGGACCACCUUCAUGAGAACGUAAAUAUUAUGCAAGCACAACAUUAUCCUAUGGCUAGAUCAUCUGGCUUUAACUUGGGAAGCAGCUAUCCGCCCCGUCAACAUCAGCAGAGUGCUAAUUCAGUUCAAAAUGCUGGGCUGGAAAGUAUUGGAUUAAGGCCUGCAAAUUCUCCAAGUCCAUCAUCAAAUUCGGGAGUUUAUGAACAAUUUAUGCAGCAGUACCAUCAACCGCAGAGUCAAAAUUCACUUCGGUUGCAGGCAACUUCAGGCCCACAACCAUUCAAGGAUCAGAGCCAAAAAUCUGUUCAGGGAACACAAGCCACACCAGAUCCAUAUAGUUUACUUGGAUUGUUGAGUCUAAUAAGAUUGAAAGAGCCUGGACCAACAGCUCUUGCUUUAGGAAUUGAUUUGACAUCACUAGGGUUGAAUUUGAACUCCCAAGAUAAUCUUUACAAGACAUUUGGGUCUCCAUGGUCAAAUGAGCCAGCUAAAGGAGAACCUGAUUAUCAGAUCCCUGCUUGUUUCUCUGCUGAGCCACCACCACCGCUACAACCAUUACAUUUUCAGAAGUUUCACCCCUUGACAUUGUUCUACAUCUUCUACAGCAUGCCGAAGGAUGUUGCUCAGUUGUAUGCUGCUAAUGAAUUAUACAAUAAAGGGUGGUUUUACCACAAAGACUACCGUGUCUGGCUCACAAGAGCUCCUAAUGCCGCGCCUCUUGUGAAAACUCCACUUCAUGAACGAGGGUCCUACAUUUGUUUUGAUCCAAACAUCUGGGAUACUGUCCAUAAGGACAACUUCGUUCUCCAUUAUGAAGCAGUGGAGAAGAGACCUGUCCUUCCUUCAGCCGCCCAAAAUCUUAGACGAGAACUAUAAGCUGUGGCCCGUUCUCCGGAAUUUGUAGUUUGUUUUGGUUAGUCUUCAGUAGCUGUUGCCAUAGAUUGGAUGAGUUCACAGAAAUUCAUUCUGACAUGCUGCAUGCUGUUCUGGAAAAUGGGAGCUCCUUUGUUGGCGGCAGCCCUGCCAGGUGGCAGCUGUAGACGUGUAGCUGAGAUCUAGUGUGCUUCGUAAUUCGUUGGCUUUAAUCAGUAGGGCUAUUGUAACUAUGUUUUGAGUUUCCCUGCCUUUUUUGUGAUGCAGUCUCCAUGACGACUGUAAAUGUUUUGGUCAUCUGAGUUGCAUAAAAGAAAAUUCAGACUCUGGAUUCGAGGAGUGCGCAUCGUUCUUCUUUU